AGAGGCAAAUUCGCUGCUGUACGUCGCGCUAUACACAAAAAUUCUGGUGUACAUUUUGCUGCCAAAUUUCUAAAACGACGCCGACGCGCUCAAUCCUCAGAUAAGGAGAUCAAACAUGAGAUCGCUGUGCUAAUGCUAUGCGAUGGCGCCGACAACAUUGUCAAAUUAAAUGCGGUGCACGAGUCACGCUCCGAUACGGCGUUGCUGCUGGAACUAGCAACCGGUGGUGAACUACAAACAUUUCUAGACAAUGAGGAAUGCCUCAGUGAGGCACAUGCCCGCUAUUGCAUGCGUGAAGUACUUAAAGCAUUACAAUUUUUGCACAAACGUUCGAUUGCACAUCUCGACCUGAAGCCACAAAAUAUAUUGCUCACUGGUGAGCGCAUUGAAGAUGGUUUAAAACUGUGCGAUUUUGGCAUCUCUCGUGUCGUUGCCGAAGGCACAAAUGUGCGUGAGAUUGUCGGCACACCGGAUUAUGUUGCCCCCGAGGUGUUGCAAUACGAACCGCUCUCAUUGUUGACAGACAUUUGGUCGGUGGGCGUAUUGGCGUAUGUGCUACUGUCCGGUUUUUCGCCUUUCGGUGGCGAAACAAAACAGGAAACGUUCCUCAACAUAUCGCAAUGUGCACUGACAUUUCCGGACAAACUGUUUGGCGGAGUGUCCGCUGUGGCAAUUGAUUUCAUACGUCGCGCCUUGCGAAUAAAGCCAAAUGAUCGCAUGACCGCUGCAGGAUGUCUCGAGCACAUUUGGUUGAAAGACGAAUGCUCCAUCGAUAGACAAAUCCUCACAGACAUCACCAAACCAACGACAGUCGACUCAGCAACAGCUGCAGCCGAUGAUGAUGAUGAAGAUGAAGAUGACGUCUGCGACGACGACGAUGAGCAGGAGGAGGACGAGGACGAGGAGGAGGAUGAAGUUGGAGCGGAUGAAGUAGAGAAUGAAAACGAAAUGUCACAUGAUGACGGCGAAGAUGAACAAGUCAACAUAAGCAUUGAUGCUGACCAAUUAAAUGGUACAAACGGCAGCAAAAUGGAAUCAUCCGACACGGAGGAAGUGGAGGAGGAAGCUCAGCCAUCCAAGCCUGCGCCUGCGCCUGCAGUUAUCACGAAUGGCCAAGCAACAUACAAAAACAGCAACAGCAGCAAUGGAUAUGGCAAAUAUAAUGGACGCAGUGCCAGCAAUGCCAAUUCUACAAGCAACGGCGCGCGCUUCAACAGUACCACGAACGCUGGUUCUGCUGGUAGAUACUCUAAUGGCACAAAAUCUGCUUCAAACGGGAGUACAACAACAACGACACAAAGAACAACCGCCAUCGUUACGGUGCCAGCAAUGCGUGCCACAACUAUACCGCUACAGUACAACAGCAGCCUUCAGCACCGCCAAUAUCAGCACCACCAACAACCGCAGCAGCAGUUGCAGAAGCCACAUCAACAACACCUACAGAUACCUGCACGCCGGCACUCGUCUUCAGAUUCCAAUAAAGAGAACACAUAUUUGGCCACCAAGAAAAUCACGCCGGCAACAGCUGGUAUUGGCAGUGUCGUGGUGAAGAAGCCACUUUCGGCCACAUCAACGGCAACAAUAAUGAUUGCAGGCAGUGAUGUGGGCACUUCAACGACGACAGCGGGGGGAGUUGCAGCAGCCGCCAAUGUGGUGGCCACAUUUACACUGCCCAGCGGUGGCUAUGGUGGCAACAGUAGCCAAAUUAAUGUGAGUAGCAAUAAUGCUAAUAACGAAAAAUACAUAAGUACCACAACAGCAACACACUGCCUCUUCCCCGACGCACCUACAACCCCGAAAGUAAUACGUAAGGCACCCAACGCCGAGGCAUCGCCCACCUCUGUGAAAGCGCUGGUGAAAAAGUUCCAACUAGAAGGUGGCAACACAAGUCCGAGCAGUUUGGAAAAGCACGCAUUGACACAUCUCAAAGAGGCACAAUCAACCAAUCAGCAACCGCAACAUGCCAAUACAACAUCACCACAAAUGAACGGUGCCAGCAGUGACAGUAACAGCAGCAAGAAGUCUUCGCCAAUGAGCAACGGCAUCGCAAAGAAAUCGGAUUCGAUGAGAAAAUAUGUUGAUAAGAGUGGAAUUGGCAGCGCCAUAACCAACGGCCGACGCGCCUCUGAACCCACAACGACUGUAAAACAUGUAACAGUGGCGCAUACCCGCUGUGGCAGUAUGCCAACCAGCUACAAAUCGACUUGCGUGCUUUGUAUCAGCUACGGUGGCAGCAAGACGCCAGCGACGACGGCGUCAAUGAACGGCACCGCCGCCAACGGAUGCAGGCAUUCUAUGGAUGGCGCAGGCGGCAAACAUACCAAGGCAUACAAUGGCAACAGCACCAAUAAAGCUAGCAAUAACAUUGCCGCUAAUAAGAGUAAUAAAAUGGGCAACAGCAACACUAACGCCACGACCACUGCUACAGCAACAGCAACAGCCAUCGUGAAUGGCAGCAACUCCUCGACGACAUCCACCACUACUACUGCUGCUUUAUUGCUUGGCAACCAUCAGCAGCAGCAACACCUUCAUAAUCAUCAUCAUCAUCAUCAUAACGUCAAUGGCGUACAUCAUCACCCACACUCGCAACCCCAUCCCCAUCAUCACCACCACCACCACCAUCACAUGCAUGUGGCGGCGAAGAGUGCUGCAGGCAACAAUUUAAGCUUGGAUCAGGGUAUUAUUUGUUAGCUAAGGGCCAACCGUGCGCGCAGGAAUGCCAGAAAUUUCUUCAAUCGAUUUCUAUGUUGUAUGUAGUAUUGCGUGGAUGCUGUGUAAGCGGCUGGCGAGCGAGCGCAAACUAAUAUCUUGUAGAUAUUUAGGUAGCUAUGCAGCUUGGCUGCUUGGUGGCAACAGCAACAGGUGGUUGAGGCGUUGUGUGUGCGUGCGCAAUUAAGGAGAUAUGAGCGCAUAUUUUCCCGCCCACUAUUUUUUCUUAAACUUAAUCUGUCUUGUUAAAGUAAUGCUUAAAAAGUGAUUAAACUAAAAUAUAUUUAUAAAUAUAAGUAUUGUUUGCAAAAUAUGCGUUCUAAACUCCUCUGACGAAAUAACACACACAAGUGGCCGAUGCUGAUGCCAAAUGACCACAGCACACGCAUGCGCGCUUUAGCGUAGUAGAAGCCGCUGUAAAUCGGUGCGUGAAAUUUGUAGCACGCAGCUUAAUUUAGUUAGGUGUUAUAACUUUACAGUUAUUUAAUAUGAAAACAAAAAACUAUAUUGAUACGAAAUAGUUGCGAAACUGGUAGCGUAAAAUUGAUAAGUUGAUAUCUGAAUUAGGUCAAUGGUGGAUGAUGAUUGAAUGACAUAUGGCAGUUGCACAAGACUUUCUAUGUACUUGUAUGAAUGCAUUAUUCCCAACAAAGAUUUAAAGCAUAGCGGUUCUUCAAUGAGUG